AUGGACGAGGGUUCCGAUCCAAAAGCCCCUCGACGCAAGAGGGUUUCCAGAGCCUGUGAUAGGUGUCGAAGCAAGAAAGAUAAAUGCGAUGGCCUUCGUCCCGCUUGCUCCGCCUGCCAGGCUUCGGGCCAGACUUGUUCAUACGAUCCUCAUGCAAAGAAGCGCGGAUUGCCCGAAGGUUAUGUUCGCGGUCUAGAGAAGCUCUGGGCUUUGUCUCUCUGCAACAUCGAUGGUUUUGAGGAUACCAUGCUGGGCCUUCUAGGCGUCACCGCUGAAUCGACUAGUCGGAGGAACAAGUUGAUGUCGCUGUGGACAGACGAUGGCGCUUCAGAGAGCCUACAUGAGUCUUGGAAAACCAGUCGCCUCUAUGGCGCGCUCGAGAAAAUGCUGUCCAACUCCGAUCCGCCAUCGUCAUCGCAAACUUCGGGCAAACGAUCCCGGGAAGAACAUGAAGACAUCUCUGCUUUAGAUGGAGAAUGGGGAUUCCGCGUUGAUCGUACCUCAACUCCUCUUGGGCCUGAUGCUCCACGUGUAGUCGAACCUUCUGUCUCUCCUCGUACCAAAAGAGCCCGGCUAGCUUUACCGACCGACAGUCAAGCCGUGUCGCACCCCAAUAAUCCCCUUAAUUCUCUACGACUUCCUCCCCAGACAUCGCAGUUGCUAGAUGCCUAUUUCGCCAUCACCCACUCUUGGUUCCCCAUUGUGGCGAAACACAACAUUCUUCGCGCCUCUUAUCUCUACGCCAAUGCCCCCCUGUCCGUGGCAAGCGUGUCUCCUGGCUCUGGUGAUCAUGCUGCACUAUGGGCAAUACUGAGCUACACCAUUUCCCAAUCCCAGGGCUACCCACGUGAUGGGCCGUCGGGCCUGCUCUCCAAGACCAGGGAGUAUUAUUCAAUUGCGCGGAAACUGAUCCCACCAGAGCAGGAGCGGUAUGAGCUAGGACACCUACAGUCACUUUUGCUAUUGUCAUUGGUGAACAUUGGUCUGGGAGACUUUACUGCUGCCUGGCUACUGAGCAGCCAAGCCGUGCAUAUGGCUGUUGCCAUGGAUCUCAGUACAGUUACCGACACUCGACGAUCCGAGGAGUUGAGACAGGGCAAGGCUGUGUUUCUCGGGUGUUUUGUGAUCGAUUCCCUGCUCUCUUUCCGUCUUUCUCGAAGACCUUGUAUGCAUCCUCGGGACCUGACGAAUGUCACUCUGCUUGAGGAGGACGGCUUGGAGGAGUGGAAUUGCUGGGCGGAUGUCCUGCCACCUAUGGAAGCCACACCAGGCAAAAAUCCCCCGCGGCGAGGCCCUUUGCUUGCCCUCAGUUGCUUUAAUCGUCUUGUUGAACUGGCCAGCGUGGUAAACAAGAUCGCCCGAAACGCGUCGGCUGGGCCCAAAAUGCAAGGGUUCUCCCAGCAAUUAGUGUUGGAGCUGAAGCAGUGGGAUGGCCAUCUGCCGCUAGCAUGUCGGCUGAUUGGGCCUGAAAGUAUUUACCCCGAGCGACACUCUGCCUUACUCCCACACCAAACCUACCUUGGCCUAACUUAUACUGCCACGCUACUUUGGCUCUACCUACGCAUUGCUCCACAGGAAAUCGGCUUGCAUCAUUCGCAACGACCCGCUAUUGAAGGUGCAAAGAAACUCCUAUACCGGGCGCUCCCAGUGAUAACACAGCAUCUGGAAAAUUUUCAGAUGUGUGGUCUUCCUCCGAUCUUUGAACUUUCCUUACAUACGAUCGCUGAACAGGCAUUUGUACUGCGGAAUAACAUUGAAUCAGACACCUUUCCCUUUGCACGCUGGACGGAAGCACUUCUACAACGAACAUCCGAGCUCAGUCCGGUGUGGCCUGUGUAUGGAUCAUUGACAACGGAUAUCGAGCGUUGGUAUCAGUCCAAGGACUUGCCAGAGACAUCAUAUCUCUCCUUCCAGCAGCCAAUGACAGAUGGGAACGGUGAUGCCAUGGCAAUGUCUACCGCAGGACCCCAGGGGCUGCAAGGCGAAACUCCAAUGCACCCACAGGCAAGAAGACAUAUGCUGGCAAACCCUGCUAAUCCAGACUAUAGCUCAAUUCUGGGUAUCAGUAUCCCAGUUGAUGGACAGUACAUGACACCGAAGGACACGGCCAUGGAAAAUGCGGAUUUGUCCAUGAUGGACGUAUCUCUUCAACCACCUAUGGAUGGAACACCGACAUUCAUGGACAAAUCCACGCCAACUAAUAGGCCUAAGGUAGCAGUCCCACCGACCUCACAUCCCCAGCCACCAACUCCUGAUUCAUCUGUUUCAAAUACGAUGAUGUCUGGUACAGGCCCUAAUGAUCGCUCCAUGACCGAUAACAUGAUGCUCAAUACCAGUAAUCCUGGUGAAAACUCACCAACAGGUGAUAUCGAUACCAUCUUCAAGGACCUGGCGUAUCUGGAUACCACCGAGUGGGCUAACAGCCGCGAGGCGGGCCUGAGGGAUUUUGGAUUCAUAGAUGAUAACACAUUCCAAGCGUUUUGUGAUGAUCCAGACAGACUAGUGGGGUCUCAGCCACUGGUCCACCCAACAUCCAUCGCAGACAUUUGGCCCCCACCAGGUUUUUUUCCAGAGACAUUCCGCGAGCCAACAGAGAAUACGAUGAGUGGUUGA